AACCCAAACGGGGGAGAGUCCCGGAUGUUGGCUCGGCCGCCGAGAGAAAGGCGAACGGGAGAAGGCGGAGAGAGAAGCUGAAGAGGGACGCCACGGCACCGCGGGCACACCGGCGAAGCAAACGGCGGCUCUUUUGCACAGGACGAUAACGUCUAGAGCACGGGACACUCACUCACUGAGAGCCCUCUGCUAGCAGAAAGAAGAGGAACUGGAAGGAAGGGGAGGGGGCAGUUACUCUGAAACUACCCGUCAGGAUUACCAGAGAGAGAGAGAGCCACCGUCACAGCAGCUUUCACCCAGAAGUCGACCCAUAGAAGCUGAUGUCUUGAGCUGAGGGAGACUUCAACCUCAACCUGUCACCCGCCCCGUUUGUUAUUCCACACCUGGUCUGGUCUUCUUCAGGGCGCAGAGCUCUAACAACAACCACCACCUCCUCCACCUUUUCCCCGCCCCCGCCCCUCCUGCCCAGCCUGCCGUCACCAUGACGUCGGAGCUGGAGAGCAGCCUGACCUCCAUGGACUGGCUUCCUCAGCUUACCAUGCAGGCAGCCAUCCGCAAGGCGGAUGCCCAGAAUGCCCACGGGCCAGGCAUGGGCAAGAAGAGCGCCCUACUGGAUCCUAACACCACGCUGGACCAGGAGGAGGUGCAGCAGCACAAGGAUGGCAAGCCGCCUUACAGCUACGCUAGCCUCAUUACAUUCGCUAUCAACAGCUCGCCAAAGAAGAAGAUGACUCUGAGCGAGAUCUACCAGUGGAUCUGUGAUAACUUUCCCUACUACAGGGAGGCGGGCAGUGGCUGGAAGAACUCCAUACGGCACAAUCUGUCAUUGAACAAGUGUUUUCUCAAAGUGCCUCGCUCCAAAGAUGACCCAGGGAAGGGCUCUUACUGGGCCAUCGACACAAACCCGAAGGAGGACGCCUUGCCCACACGGCCAAAGAAGAGGCCGCGAUCUGGAGAGCGGGCUUCUACGCCGUACAGCCUGGAGUCGGAGUCUUUGGGGAUGGAGUGUAUGAUCUCUGGAAGUGCCUCUCCAACGCUGGCAAUCAACACUGUGACUAACAAGGUGGCGUUAUACAACACAGACCAGGAGGGAAGUGAUAGUCCAAGAAGCAGCCUUAACAACAGCCUGUCUGAUCAGAGUCUGGCCUCCGUCAAUCUCAACAGUGUGGGCAGCGUGCACAGCUAUACGGCGGUGACCAGUCACCCUGAGCCCGUGUCCCAGUCUAUCAGCCUCCAGCAGCCCCCCCAGUCCCAGUACAACAUGCCGGACAGGGAUAAGCAGCUCCUGUUCUCUGAAUUUGAAGAUCUCAGUGCCUCCUUCCGCAGCCUUUACAAGUCUGUUUUUGAGCAGUCCUUCAGCCAGCAAGGGCUGAUGGGCAUCCCGUCAGAUUCCUCCCAGCAGACCCACACCUCCUGCUCCUAUCAGCACUCUCCCAGUGGCGCCAUCAGCACUCAGAACAGCCUGUCAAACAACCAACCCAACAACCACCCCAACAGCCACUCUGCCAACAGUGGCCAGGUGCCCCUGUCCCACCCUGCCCAGGGCCACCCAGGCCACGGCUCGCCCCACGCACAGCACCUCCCGCAGCACGGCGUCCCCCACAACCAACACAACCAACACAGCCAACACGCCCAGCACAGCCAACACAGUCAGCACCCACAGCACCCCCAGCACGCUGCGCACUCCCAGCACGGGCAGCACCCAUCGCAGCACCCGUCCCACGGCCAGCACCCACAGCAACACACGCCACACCCCUCCCAACACGCGCAGCACAGCCAGCACCCACAGCAACACGGACAGCAGCAUCAGAGCCUCUCCCACCAGCCCCAUCCUACCCAGCAACAGAUGGCCUGCAACCCAGGUUUACUGUCUGACUGGUACCCAAAUCUGGAUGCACUGAAAGAAAGCUGUCGUAUUGCGAGCAGCUAUAACUGGGCAGAUGUCGACCUUUCACCUUUCCAAGGAUUAAGAGACAGUAUGAGACAAGCGGAGCUGAACAAUUGGUCCCUGGAACCCACCCAGAUCGCAGACCUCUGCUCGUCCAUCAACCAGUUUUUUGCCCGCACAGGUGUAAUCCAGCCACAGGGGGCAGUGCAGUCUCCUGUUUGUCAUGGCUCCAUGCACCCCAACAAACCCAGCCAGCACCACAACACAGGAAAUCUCUACAUGGACUCUAGACAGAGCAUGUCCUUGAUGGGUCCCCCAGGAUACCCUCAUAUGCCCCCCAUGAGCACUGCAGGACCCACAAUGACAGGGCACCAUGCACAGAUGAACCAGCAGCACAUGAUACCUGCCAGAAACUUCCAGAUGCAUCGCAUGCAGGCUGAUGACAUCCAGGACGACUUUGACUGGGACUCCAUCGUCUAACCCCCUAUAACCUCCUUCUGCAAUCAGAGAAGGGAGCGAGGAGAGGAGGUGGAAGCCAGAGGAAGCCAAGCUGAGCUGAAAGGCGGCAGGAAGAGGAGGACAAGGACACUGUCGGCGGGAUGCGGAAGAACAUUUGACAAGCUUUGUUGGACAAAGACUUCAGAGUCCUGACAUUUUUACAAAAGCAAAACACAACUAGAAACCGUUACUUUUGGAGACAAUCAUAUUUAGUCGGACAUGUUAAAGAGAUUGCUCAUUUACUUGUCUAGAGACAAGUAGAAAACAUUCACGUCUAAACCACACGCUCCUCAGCUCCUCAGACAGCCCUCCCCCCGUUCCUCGCCAGCAGCCUUCCAAAGUCUGAACCCCUCUCUCCCCCUGACCCCCGACCCUCCCCCCCAGCUCUGUAACUGUUCUGUGAUUUGAGCGACGUGUUCAGCUUGUAAUUCUUCUCGUGUUGACAUCGGUCUCAGCUGCCUCUUGGAUGAGUUUAUCUCUCUUUUAAAAAAACCCUUUGUUUUCAUUUAGUUUUAAAGAAACACAGGCCGUCUCUUUGAGCAAUGUGAUGGUGCUCGUUGGUCGCUUUUGGGAGAAAGCUGGCCUCACCUUGGCUGCAUGGGUGGUGAAGUUAGGUUUACAAUAAGUGAGGUUUUGAACAGGGUGGUAAUGUUUUAAAGUAGGCUUGAUACAAAACAAACCAAGAGAAGAAAGAGAGGGAGAUCACAGAAAAGUAUCAUGAUGUGUUUUCUUUGUGAUCAGGCCCACUGCAACAGACGAGUCAUGGGAGUACAACGACGUUCUUUUUCUUUGUUCUUUGUCUCAAGCACUUCAAGAUGAGUGAAUGUGGUGAGUGAGGAGAAAGUGACAGCAGGGACAUUUUUUGUCUUUCAUUCAACCCAAAGUAACCUGAGGUUUAAGUUCUCUGUGUGAACCAUGUCCAUAGAUGAUUAAUCCAUGUCAUUUUUAAGCUUUUAUCAAUCAGAUGUUCCAACAAUAAACACUCAACAAACUCACAUUCUUCAGCAGAUUUCAAAGGUGCAGUUCAUCAAUUUAAGAUGAGGUUGUUGAUCAUUGAUUCACUCAAUAACCAAAAAGAAAAUCUCAACUUCAUCAACUGGUUCCUUAUCAGAGAUGUCAACAAUGUGUGUUCCUGAUGAACAGUUUGUCAACAUGAAAUUAAAAAAGAGCACUGAAACGCUUUCACUUAAUUUCAUUCCUCAGCACAUAACGGCUUCAAAUGUCUUGAUAAAGUUUGUAUUGUAAAACAAACCAAAAACAUAUACUAGCCAAUGUGUCGUCAUGGGAUCUUUUAAACUUUUCAUACCAGUGUCGAUAUCAUCCUCAAAAACAACACUGGUUUGGCUUAACAUUUUUGAAAAGUGUGGUUUUGUACUUUUCAUAUCAACAUGGUGUUUUGUUUGUUAAUAAGUAAAUAUAAAGCUAGCGCAAAAAAAUAUUAGCUGCUCUUGUGACAAAGACUGAAAACCCGGAAACUGCUAGGAUCGCUCUUUCCAAUGGUGACAGAUUUACUAAACAGCUGAUCUGAUGCUUUAAAAUUAACAUUUUUCAGUUUAAUCUCUAUUGUAACUUUAGAGAAAAACAACACUGUAAGAUUUUAAGAAAUGUUUAAUAAUAACCUUUAAAUGUGUCUGGGGGCUGAUUGCGUUACCUUUGGAUUGAAGCUGGCUAGCUAAGUGGCUUUAUUAUUGUUCUAAGCUAAACUAAUUGUUCUCUGGAGCUGGCUUUAUAUUUAUCUUUUACACAGAAGAGGGAUGUCAUUUUUCUCUUCUAACUCUGGGAAGGAAAGGGUUAAACAACAUUUCAAAAUUACAAACUUCUCAUUUACACAGUUACAAUUCAAUGUAAAUGUAAAUGUAAUGUAUCCCAAUAAUUAAUAGACAAAGGUAAUGGUUUCAAACAGAACAAAAUAUUUGAAUUCAGCUGUUCAGAUUAACACAAUAGAUUGGAUAGAUGGCUCUCAAACUUUCAUAAUCUAAAGAGGAAAGAAUCUGGUUUUAAAACUUCACACAUUUUGUAUCAUUCUGAUUGAUUAAUGAUCAAUAGAAUAUCCAUCAGAUGUUGAACUUUUCAAUCUAAAAGGUUUGAUAAGCGUAUGUGUAACCUUGCUGCACCAGUUUUAAAAUGAACAUCUAAAUGUAUUCUAUGUGUUCAUCAGAGGGAGAUCAGAAUGCUGCAUUGAGUGUUUAUUGUCACAUCUGGAUUUUAAAUGCUCAAGACUUUUUUUUAUUUUACUGCCCGGUGUUUUAAUGUGAUAGUUUGAUAGCGUAAGAUUUCGCUGUUAUACAAUCGUUACAGAAAGACAAAUGUGACCUAUGAUACAAUUCAUAAAGUGUGUGUGUGAGUGUGUGUGUGUGUGUGUGUGGUUGAACAUAUGGUGCGUGUGUGUAUGUUUUUGGUUUUAUUGCAGUUUUAGGGCUAUGAUUGAUUGCUGCAAUCAUCUCUAUGCUUUCUAUGAGCACAAAGCAGAUGCACACAGUGAGUCGAGACAAAUGUGUUGUUUCCUCUCGAGCACAGACCAGUGAGAUCGACCUGUCCUCUGUGUCCUGUAACAAGUGUCCUCAAUCAGACGGGUGCUGAACCUUAGAGACACUUAGUUAGAAAAUAACACCCUUUGCACACUUUCGCCUUUUGUUGAUAUCAGUUUUUUUUAGAUGCCAAGCACCUCCUAGAUCCCGAUGUGUAGUCAGCCACACUCAUUUUGCCAUUUGUUUAUUCAAUCCCUCACAGUUAGACUAUCUGACCCACAUUGGCCACUGGUGAUUACAAAAAGGAUCAAUUCUCUGCAGCUCUCUCACACUGUUGAAGGUGCUUUGCAUGCAUCCAUGCAUAUUUGCAUAAAAAUGAAGUGUCCCCAGCUUUUUGGGGAUACAGUUAUUUGCUCUCCUGUCAAGAUGAUUGUUACCAGUCAGGUCUGCAGCUACAGCCGGCAGCCAGUCAGCACAAUGACAAAAAGGGUGAUAUUUGUCAGCAUGGCUCCAUCCAAAGGUAACAAAAUCCACCUGCAUGCAGUUUUAACACUCACUGAUCAACACAUUGUGUAUCAUUUGUUCAUCCAUACAAAUAUAUUUGUGUUAAAAGGACAAUUUUUACGAUACAUUUUUGUAAGGUGUUAAUCGAUGCGCUUUAAAGGUGCUGUGAACUGGAUUUAUUUUACAAUUGGACAGACAGGCUAGCAUUUUCCUGUUUUUAAGCUAAGCUAAGCUAACUGUGUCUACUAACGGUAGCUUCCUCUUUAUGGUACAGACAUGAGGAGUGGUGUUAAUCCCCCUCAUCACAGUUUUGGUCACAACAUAGUUGAUUGAAUUUCCAAAAAUGUAAUACUGUUAAUUGGAAAAGAGUUAGCUAUUAGAGACUGCAGUGGUCAGCUGAGUUUGAUUUCAUAUUUUGAUGACAAUCAUGAAUUAUUUUAAUGAUGUUGUGAAGAGCACUUUCAAGUCUCACAUGGUUACUUUAUUUUCUAGUGUAGAAGAAUAUGUGUCUACAUUUGAGCCUCUGAGUGCUGAUUUGAAACUUAAACCAGUCCAGUUUUAUACUGUUAAUCUUCUGUCCAGAGCUGCACUGUGCAGAUGAAGUCAAGCUGUCUUCUCUUAACUGAUGAUACUGCCGUUCUUUGUUUUUAGUUUUGUUUUGUGUUUUUCUCCUGCCAAUCAAACCUGUCCACUCCUGCUACUUUGCAAAGUUUUGUCUGUCUUUGCAUAUCAGAUGUCCGCUGUUUGCCUGUGGAUCUUUUCUCUUCCUUUUUUUAAUUAACUGACAGAAUUUCUGAACUCGAGCUCAAACCUUAAAAUCAAAUCAAGUGGUGCGACCCAAAUCAAGAAAUUUGCGGCAAGUGUGGGCCAAAGGACUGCAAGCGAGCAAGGACGGCAAAAAAAAAAAAGAGAGCAUCAGAGUGUUUUCCAUUAGGACUCAAUGGACCUACAAUAGAGAUCACCCUGUGUGUCCCCGGUUGGUGUGAAGUUGAAGUGUGUCUCUGUUCUUCCAGGUGAAGAUUGUCAACACACACAUUAGUUUUUGUUUUUUAAUAGCACAGCAGCCCCUCGGGAAAUACAAAAGAUCUGAGCGAACAGAUGUGGCCAAAAGGGAAAAAAGGUGAAGACAAUGACUGGAUCACAAUCAAAAUUUUACAUUACGUCUGUGUGUGUGAUAAGUGUGUGCGUGUAUUUGUGUGUUUGAGUUCUUUUUCAAAAAUCGAUUUGAGUUAUUUUUGAAUUCCACUGGACAUGAACCUGCCAGAGAGAUUACUAUCAGUGGGAGAAAAAAAGAUUAAAAGAUUACAAAAAAAAAAGGAAAAAAAAAAAGCCUUGUUACAAUGUGGGAGAGAACUGCCAACAAGAACUGCUGAUUGGGGCCUAUUUUAUUCAGUGCUGGUGUGUUGUUGUGCUUGUACAUAUAUGUCUUUUCAAUCAUCCCUUUUUUCCUCUUGGGGGUGGGGUAUCAAGGCUGGGGUGGGUCUUAUCCAUGAAAAGAGAGGAGGUAAAAGAAUAGAGUAUUUUGUUAUUGUCCAAUCAGAGGGUGACAGUAUGUAUAUAUCUAUAUUGUAUAUAUGUGAUGAAAAUGCGUUGGCUUUUUGUGUGACACUACCUUUUACCUGUACUAUGGUUCUACAUUCAGUGUUUCAGUGUUGAUAAUAUAUAUUUGGUUUGUGUUUAAUUUUUCUGUUUUUUUGAUUUUGUCUUUGUCAUUUCUCGUAUUUUUUUUCUCCUAUUUGUCCUUUUUUUGUUUAUUGCACGGUUUAUUACUUUUGUUGUCCGAUGAGGUGACACAGCUACUCUUUGUAUUCGUUUAGUGCUGUAAAAUAACUCAAGUGUUAUUAGAAUUGUCGAUACCACCGCCCACCCCACCCCCGUCCCCAAUAUGCAUGAAUGGCACUUAAAGAAAUAAAAUAUGGUAACUUCACUGUG